GUCUUGUUUCCUUUGAGACGGAAAUAUAACGAAUCUUAUAAAUUGUUUGUUUUAAAAAAUUGAAAUUUUUUUUUUUAUUCCUAUAGUUUAUCUGUCUUGUGAAAUAAAUCUAAACAAGUUUUUUUUCUAAAUUUUCAUCUUACAAAUGUGAAUUUGAAAAAGUUUACAAUGGUACGUAUAGAUAAGUCAACGUUUGUCAAGUGUGUAGACUGGCGCCGUUUUGUUAUCCUUCAUACGUCAACCAUUUUGUAACCUUUAUUUCUAAUUUUUACGACCCCUCCAAUGAAAAAUAAUGUAAAGUUGACGCUGCUCGCUUACUCUUACAAUUAUUCGAAGUAUUUUUGGUUAGGUUGAUAUUAUGUGUGUAUAGUAUGUAAUUUUAUCGAGUAAAGUUUACAUCGGAUAAGUGGACUAGUAUAAAACCGAGUUUUUGGGGAUUUUAAAAAGCCGACAAAAUUGUUGCUGGUGAUUCGUUAAAAUGAAGGAGUGAUACAACAGAAAAAACAUUUGAGGUAACGACUCAGUGAUACCUGGGAAAAAAACGUAUUUGUGACAUCAUGGAAGUCUCUAGUGAUUUAACCCAUCUUUGGGUAGAAGGUGUUGGAAAUGUAAUCCAUGAAGAAGUGAUAUGUGGCCUAGAAGCUGACCUUGCUGACCAAGACAGUGAGGUAAUUGGAGCUUGUGAAGAAGUGUGUGUUGAAGAGACUGUUCAAACAAUUGCUGAUUCUCAUUCAACGACGCAUAAUUUACCAUCAGACACUGAAAUAUUAAUGGUACCCCAAUCAAGUGAUAUAGAAUCUAUCUAUAUCGUACCGCAAGAUCAAAGUCAUGACUAUUUAAAUAUACAAGUUACAGAAGAAGUCAUCACUGAUAAUUGGGAUCGUUCGGGACCAGAUGACGGAGUUGAUAUCCCUGAGACAAAAGUAUCGCAUGAUAAUUUAUUAGAGUACGAUGACAUGGAGAUUCCAAUUGAACAAGAUCCUUACACUAACACACGACCUUAUCCGUGUGAUUUCUGCAGUCGGAGGUUCCGCAAAAAAGCAAAUCUCAUGAAUCACAUGACUUCACAUCAAAAUGAUCGACCACAUGGAUGUAAUCUUUGUGGUGCACGAUAUGUUCGUAAAUGUGAUUUGAUGAAUCACAUGAAGACUCAUGCAUAUGCACCACCUCGUGAUGAUUCUGACGAUGAUUUGAAUGAUGAUGAUACUCUUGCUUUAGAAGAAGAAGAUAUUGUAAAGGGCCGUCGUAAAAAGAUUCAGUCUUUUGUACCAAGAAAGCGAAAAAGUAAUACUACUGUUAUAGCAAAACGUAACUUAGAUACUGACGCUCUGAAUAAAUUAGAUAAAUUUGGUGGUAAAUCUUAUGAAUACAUCGACGAAGAUAUGCACCUCGUGGAUGAAAUGACAACACGUGGAGCAAAUGCAAAAGCUUCGAGCUCACGAUGGACGGAAUCACUGAUAGUUGGAGAUUCUCAAGCACCGCGAUGGCCCAUUGCCGAUCCUACAAAACCUUAUGUUUGUCAGUACUGUGGAAUGGGAUUUGCUCGGGAGAAAGCUUUAGCAUCACACUCUAGAUUCCACGCUGGGGAUAGUCCGUAUGAGUGUUCUAAUUGCAGUGAUAUGUUCUGGGAUCCCAAUGCUCUUCGUGACCACAUGAGGGUAAAACAUGGAAUGCCAUCAACUGACAUAGAAUACGAUAUAAAUGAAACUUAUGCUAAUGAUGAAAGAUUUGGACAAUUCUAUUGUGAUGUAUGUGCUGUUGCAUUUGAUCGAAUCGAUCUACUUAAACGGCAUCGUAAAAUUCAUGUAAAACAAGAGACAGAGGAUGUAGAGGAAGAAGGAUCAAAUCAACACCAUGUUUGCAAUGUUUGUGGCGAGUGGUUUGAAGAGGCGCUCGCGCUUCUCGCACACGCUGAACUUCAUGCUUCGAGAUCACCGAGUCGUCGAUGUCUUCUUUGUGGCGCGAGGUGUCGUGAUGAUGCUGAAGUUGCUGAACAUGUCCGUCAGAAUCAUGCAGAUGAUGCUCCACCAAAUACAUGUACACUUUGUGGGAAAACAUGUAAAGAUAAACGAAGUUUAUUGAAACAUUCUUGGGUUCACAACGCUGAUAAAACCUUCGGUUGCACCAAAUGUGGAAAAAGUUUCCAUAGUAAAGCUCGACUUCGGCGGCAUAUGGUGUCGCAUCGCAAUAAAAUGGUUGCUUGUGAUGAAUGUGGUGAAGAAUUUCCCGAUGGACGUGCUCUUGUUAGUCAUCGUCAUUCACACAAUAAGGAAUUGGGUGGAAGAACAUUCCCAUGUCGAGAAUGUGGUAAAACUUUUGGUAGUCGUAGUUCCCAGCAAAUCCAUAUACGAAUUCAUACUGGCGAGAAACCGUAUGGUUGUCGUUUUUGUUGGAAGGCUUUUGCUGAUGGUGGAACAUUGAGGAAACAUGAAAGAAUUCAUACCGGUGAAAAACCGUAUGGUUGUGCAAUUUGUCCUCGAGCUUUUAAUCAACGUGUCGUUCUUAGGGAACACGUGCGUGCCCAUCAUUCGGGUCCCGAUCCAAAAUAUCACGGAACUUUAACGCCAUUUUAUUGCAAAGUUUGUGGCGGUUCAUUUGCUACUUCUGAAGAAAUUGUCCUUCAUAUAGUUCAGCAUUGUGAUGAUAAUACAGCACUCCGACGACAACCACAGGUUGGACCAAGAAAAUAUAAGCGAAGACGUAAACUUAAGCCUCAUGAGUCUCCUCUUCCAGUUCUUACUUCAAAGUCCAAUGAAAAUUUUAAUACAUUAGAGCUGGGGUCAGAAUCUGAUGAUAAUACAAAAAGAAAGCUUGGAAGAAAAAACAAACAAAAUCGUUCAAAUGUUGAGGAAGGAUAUCAGAAUGUUUUAAAAAGUUUUGAAAGUUCUUUACAAAAUAUUAAUUCGAUAGUUAAUAAUUCGAAGACUUUAAAUUCAGGAAAAUCAAAACUUGGGAAAAAGAAACUGAAGAAAGAUGAUAAGAAAGUUACUGAAACUCAAUCACAGGCUCAUCCUGGUCGACCGCGAAUGAUACAUACCCAAAAAACAAGAGUACCUGUUGAAUUAGGAACUGAUGGAGCAAAAAAAGGACAAAAAACCAAAACUAUGGUCACUCGAACACCCAAAGUUAUGCCUGCCGAACAUAAACUUGGGAUAUUUCCCGGUGGUGAAAGAAAUCGUCCAAGAACUAAAAAUGUCAGCUAUCAUAGUGACGGUAAAUUUCAAAUUACACCUGCGACAUUUCCAAAGCCGAAAGAAUCAUCUGAUGAUCUUUCGACAGCUAUACAAUCAAUUACUCCAGAAAACAUUAAAAUGGAAUUAAUCGCCUCGUCAAAUAAAUCAUCAAAUAAUUAUGAAAGUAACAAUGGUAAUAUUGAAAGUAUAGGCAGUAAACAAGAACCAGUAUCGAAAAAAAAAGUAACUGCUAAAGGUAAGCCUGGAAGACGAGCAGUAAAACAAGUAACGAUAAAACAAGAACCUCAAGAAGAACCUGAAGAGAUAAUUGAAGACAUACAUAAUAAAAAUAAUGAAGAAUUCGCAUCAUCAGCGAUUUUCAAUCAACCCGAAAUCGAUGGCAACAAUAUGGAAGUUGCAUUUGAAGCCAAUGUAGUUGCAGAUGAAGAAGAACAUGAAGCAAUACUUCCAGAUUUGGAUAAUGUUAAUCACACUGAAACCUUAACCAAUAAAGUUAAAUUAAGUGUUAAAGUUGAAUCAACAACGCCGCAUCAACAUCUUAUAUCGAAUGUUACUGAUGAUGUUCCUGAAACUAUUAUACCCGAUGCUAUUGAGUACACAUGUGAAAUGUGCUCUGCCGUAUUUUCAAGCCGCAAUGAGCUUUUAAAUCACGUACCUAUACACAUUUGAUUUGAUUUAUACGUUUAAAUGUUCUCAAGUUUCAUCUAUACUAGUUUUAUCAGUCCAGGUUUGUUUUGUUUUUUUCUUUUAUCACAAGAAUAUAUAUAUAUAUAUAUAUAUAUAUAAUAUAUAAAUUAGGGUGUGUCAAUAAACAACUUUUAUUUUUUUUUUUUUGGUACCACCGGAAAUUGGUAAGAAAUGUCAAAAUAAAAAUUUUGUCAGAAGAUCGGCGCUUAAAUUCCAGUUUCAGAUGUAGCUCAUCGCGAUUUUUGAUUUCCCAUUUAAAUAACAUGGGAAAAAUUUUUUUUAAAGUUAGGAAUUUUAUCACUCACCAGGGAAUCAGUGUAUUGUAAAAAUCAAUAAAUAUUUUUGUUAAAAAUGGAACGCUCUACAAAAAAUGUAUUGUUAUUUUUCGGUAACUUUAAUUUUUAAAAAGUUAUUCGAGGUCAAUGUUGGAUUCAUAGUAAAUUUUAGUAUUAUUAGGCUUUUUCGGCGAAACUAUCAGACUUAUCUUAAAAUGUUAUAUGACCUUUUUUGUAGAUCAUUUCAUUUUUUACAAAGUUUUCAAAAUUCUUGAAAGCAAAAUUAUGGUCGAUGUU